UGCUUACACACACAUAGAGACACAUAAUAAAUGCAAAUCAUGUAUGAUGUAUGUAUGUAUAUUUAUUGUUUAAUUAAUAAUCCCAUUAUCAAACUACUAGUCUCUUCGUAAUAUCUCUUCUCUCAAUUUUCAUCCACCUGGUUACAGCUUUGAUGCUCAAAAUCAAUCAAUUCCCCUGAAAAGCUGCAGCAAUUAGGAGAAGAAAUCUUGGGUUUUCACCAAAUUCACUGAAUUAUCUGCUGUUCAUUCACUUGGCGUUUUUGCUUUUAGGGUUUCAAUUUUUGUGGUAAAAAAAAAGAAAAAAAAAUAGAAAAGAGAAAGAAGAUGAAAAAAAAUUAAAUUGGUGUUGUAAAGUUUGAACCUUUAGCUAUAUUAGAUUUGAAAUUGUAUUGUUCUUGCCAAGUUUGUAUUUUUGACAGUAGUUUGAUUUUGAUUGUAAUUGUUUGUGUUUAGUGAUUCUGUGACUCUUGUGGGAAAAAAGAUUGUAAAUUUAUAUGGAUGAUUUUGUAUUUUGAUGAGUUUACGAGGCUCGUUUAUUUGAAAAAGAAUAGUAUAAAAAAAAAAUUAGUCUUUUUAAGUGUAAAUGGCUUUGGCUGGAUUUAACAAUCAGAAUCAUGUUCAACACUUGGGAAUCACUGAACCGAUUUCCUUGGCUGGACCGACUGAGUAUGAUGUGAUGAAGACCCGUGAACUUGAAAAGUUUUUAGCUGAUGCGGGAUUGUAUGAGAGUCAUGAAGAAUCGAUUGCCCGGGAAGAAGUACUUGGGAGGCUUGACCAGCUUGUCAAAAUAUGGGUAAAAUCUAUAAGUCGUGCAAAGGGGCUAAAUGAGCAGCUGGUGCAUGAAGCUAAUGCAAAGAUUUUCACUUUUGGUUCUUACCGUCUGGGGGUACAUGGACCUGGUGCAGAUAUAGAUACACUUUGUGUGGGGCCUAGACAUGCUGGACGGGAUGAUGAUUUUUUUGGAGAGCUUCAAAGAAUGCUUUCAGAGAUACCUGAAGUAACAGAAUUACACCCCAUACCAGAUGCUCAUGUUCCGGUGCUGGGAUUCAAGUUCAAAGGGGUUUCUAUAGAUCUUUUGUAUGCUAGACUAUCUCUUUGGGUCAUCCCUGAUGAUUUGGAUAUUUCACAAGACUCCAUACUUCAGAAUACGGACGAUGCUACAGUCCGUAGUCUUAAUGGUUGUAGAGUGACAGACCAAAUCCUGCGGUUGGUGCCGAACAUUCAGAGCUUUCGAACAACACUUAGAUGUAUGAGAUUCUGGGCAAAAAGACGUGGUGUUUAUUCUAAUGUUGCAGGUUUUUUAGGGGGCAUAAACUGGGCACUGCUUGUUGCUCGAAUAUGUCAGCUAUACCCCAAUGCUUUACCCAAUAUGCUAGUUGCUCGUUUCUUUAGGGUAUACACUCAGUGGCGUUGGCCAAAUCCAGUCAUGCUCUGUGCUAAUGAAGAACGAUCACUCGGGCUUCAAAUAUGGGAUCCUAGAAGGAAUCCCAAAGACAGGUUUCAUUUGAUGCCUAUAAUUACCCCAGCUUAUCCCUGCAUGAACUCAAGUUAUAACGUGUCAUCAAGUACUUUGCGGAUUAUGACAGAGGAGUUUCAAAGGGGAUAUGACAUAUGUGAGGUUAUGGAGGCUGACAGGACUGAUUGGGAUAAACUUUUUGAGCCUUACCCUUUUUUCGAAUCAUACAAGAAUUAUUUGCAGAUUGAUAUCUGUGCAGUGAACGAUGAUGACCUUAGAAACUGGAAAGGAUGGGUUGAAUCUCGCCUUCGCCAACUUACAUUAAAGAUUGAGAGACACACUUUCAACAUGCUUCAGUGCCAUCCACAUCCAGGUGGGUUCUCAGACAAAACUAGACCUUUCCAUUGUUCUUAUUUCAUGGGUCUGCAACGGAAACAAGGGGCUCCAGCUAAUGAAGGGGAACAGUAUGAUAUCAGAAUGACUGUUGAUGAAUUUAAGCAAUCGGUCGCUAAUUACACAAUGUGGAAACCAGGAAUGGAGAUACGCGUUACCCAUGUGAGACGUAGAAAUAUACCAAAUUUUGUAUUUCCUGGUGGGGUCCGUCCUCGUCCAGUUAGAUUGCCUGGAGAGAGGAGACGAGUUGCUUCUGAAGAGCAAAUUCCUGGCAAGGUAUGUGAAAAUAUGGUCUGUGGUGAUAUGUCUGAUGGUUCGAGGAAAAGAAUGCUGGAGGAUGGUGAUGAUGUGACAGACGUGAGAUCUGUAAAGUCAUGUUCUAAAGAUGUCAGUAAUAUAGAUACAAAUGAGUCAGGGGAUACAUGGAGUGAAAUUAGCAAGAGUAGUGUCAAUGAAGGAUCAGAGAGGAUUACGAAUCUGCCUACAUUAUCUUCAUGGAAUGAUGGGGCAGCUAAUAAAUCUCUAAAUCCCAUGGAACUGUCAUCUGCAAUGAAUGGAGCAACAAGCUCUAGAGCAGGAGAGAAGCAGGAAAUAGGAAAUAUGAUUCCUGGUUUGCACCAACCCGUAGCAGAGCUUGAGGAGCUUGAAGGAGGCUUUCAGUAUGAAGACCAGGCGAACAUCCUUGGUAAGGUAGUAAGCAGAGGAUGUGGUCAGUCCACAGAAAAUGGAGCAGAAGUAGUUACUGUCAUGACUAGCAACGGUGCUUGCGUAAACCCACAUUUUCCAUUCAAUGGAAGCUUGGAAGAGCUUGAGAAGGCUACGGAUGAGCUUUCAGUGCCAUCUUCUACUGGCUUAAGUUCCAUGUCUGCAGUACAGAGGAAGCCUGUAAUCAGGCUGAAUCUGACUUCCAUGGCCAAGGCAACUGGCACAAGCAAUUGAGUGGCAAGGUCAUUUCCAUGUCCAGAGAGUCGAUAAACUUGUGAGCAAUGAGCAGUGUAUUAAAGUGGACAUUUUUAUGUCCAGAGUGUUCGAGGAUAAAGUACUGCGGAAAGCCUUGCGAACAUUAUGUGAUAAUGAUGGCGCCAUUGAUAAACUGAUCUUCGGUUAGCAGUGUAACAAGUUUUAGAAGUCCAGAAUAUUCACUCUCUUUCUUCAUGUUGAGAAUGCAAGUUAAUAGCUUUUUUUUUUUCACUUGUUUUAUUUGGACCAAAACUCCAAAUAAUAGGGAAAAACCUCCAUUAACGUUGUGAAUUUCAAGAUGAACGUGAGAACCAUGUAGCGAUCAUGAUAAAUA